GUUUUGUUUACAGAAUCAUCGACGUCACAGCUAUGGCGUCCGCGGCGGACGGUUGGAGCUGGUUUCCAGCUUUAGCGCUCGGAGUUUCUCUUCUGAAAUGUCUGUUCAUCAGCGCCUAUCACUCCACAGACUUCGAGGUGCACAGGAACUGGUUGGCCAUCACUCACAGUCUGCCGGUGUCCAGGUGGUACUAUGAGAACACGUCGGAGUGGACCCUGGACUACCCGCCGCUGUUCGCCUGGUUCGAGUUCGGUCUGUCCCGCGUCGCUCAGCACUUCGACAGCGACAUGCUGGCGGUGGAGAAGCUGAACUACGCCAGUCCCGCCACCGUCCUCUUCCAGAGGCUGUCGGUCGUCUUCACCGACCUGGUUUUCAUCUUCGCUGCCAGAGAGUGCUGCAGGUGUGUUCAGGAGCAGAAAGGCUCGCGGGACGUCCUGAACCAGCCGCCCUUCGUCCUGGCCGUUCUGCUGCUCUGGAACUUCGGCCUCCUCAUCGUCGACCAUAUUCAUUUCCAGUAUAACGGCUUCUUGUUUGGUUUCCUGCUGCUGUCGAUUGCAAAACACCUGCAGUCUCGACACCUGCAGGGGGCGCUGCUGUUCUCCGUCCUGCUCAACCUGAAGCACAUCUACCUGUACGUGGCUCCGGCCUACGGCAUCUACCUGCUGAGGAGUUACUGCUUCACUCAGGACAACAAAGACGGUUCAGUCAGGUGGAGCAGCUUCAGUCCGCUGCGUCUGGUCGCUCUGGGCGGCAUCGUGGUCUCCGUCUGCGCUCUGUCCUUCGGCCCGUUCAUCGCCAUGGGGCAGCUCCCUCAGGUCCUCUCCCGUCUCUUCCCCUUUAAACGGGGCCUCUGUCACGCCUACUGGGCCCCGAACAUCUGGGCGCUCUACAACGUCCUGGACAAAAGCCUGGCGACGCUCGGCGUUCGUCUGAAGCUGCUGGAGGAGGCGGAGCUUCCUCGAGCCUCCAUGACGGGCGGGUUGGUUCAGGAGUUCCAGCACUCGGUCCUCCCCUCCGUCUCUCCCUCCAUCACACUCGUCUGCACUCUGCUGUCCAUCCUGCCGGCGGUGGCGUCCAUCUGGCGGCGUCCUCGUGGUGCUCGUGGUUUCCUGCGCUGCCUGCUGCUCUGCGCUUUGGCCUCCUUCAUGUUCGGCUGGCACGUCCACGAAAAGGCCGUCCUCAUCGCCAUCCUGCCUCUGAGCAUCCUGGCGGUUGAGAGCAGAGAGGAUGCUGGGAUCUUCUUGAUACUGACCACUACAGGUCAUUACUCGCUGUUCCCGCUGCUCUUCACCCCGGCAGAGCUGCCCAUCAAAGUCGUGCUGAUGCUGAUGUUUACGAUCUUCUCCUUCACCGCUCUGAGGAAACUCCACAGUGGUCAGGGCUCUCUGCUCCAUCCUCUGGAGGUCGUCUACCUGUCGGGCCUGGUCGCCGUAGCGAUCGCCUGCGAGGUCGUCUUCCCUCUGUCGCCGUGGCAACAGAAGCUGCCCUUCCUCCCCCUGCUGGCGACCUCGGUGUACUGCUCUCUGGGCGUCUGCUACUCCUUCCUGCGUCUGUACGUCAGUCUGCUGAGACGCGAGGAGAAGCCCAAACAGCUAUGAGACUUCGUCCUGUACAAGAAAGGUCACGGGUCAGAUCCCCCCCCCCCCCACCCCCCCGACAGCUACACAGCCGUCCGUCCUGCACACGUGCCCCUGAGCAAAACACUGACAGACUGACGGUCGGUCCUGCUCCGGUUUAAAUGUCCGGCUUGUUUUCCUUCUUCCUGUCGAACACUGACCACGUUCGUCCAGAUGUUUCCAGCAGCUGCAGCAGAAUUAUGAAGCAGAAAAUGUUUCAGAGAUCUACAACUUCGGAAGCAAAGAGCUUUUUGUUGUUACAGUAGUCGACUUACUGGUCUGCAGCCUCCUAAACUCUCUCUGGUUCAGUUUGUGUUGUUAGAGCUGCUUUAUGAUCAACAUGUGAUAAAAACAGACACAACAAUAUUCCCAAACCAGGGCUGUGCGACAUGAACAAAACCUCAUAUCUUAAUAUAGGUAAUUUCACCAGUUUAAUUAUGAUAUAGCACAUUAUCUGUAAACUCAAUGAAUCAAUAGUUUCUGGUCCAUGUCAGACUUUUCAUACCUGAACCCUUCUUAUAGGUACAAACUCCUCGUUUUGUCUUCUUUUGUGUGAAUCACAUUAAUAAAUUCUUGUUUUUUUUACUCGCAAAGCUUUUAUUGCACUUACAGUAAUAUAACAAGUGUAGCUGACGUCAGCUUGAGAACGUCACCUGGUUGACUGUCUCUCCUCUGCUCCGCUGUGUGCAGCACACGGAGGGCUUAACGCCGCCCUCGCUGAACCGCAGAGAGCAGAGGAGAGGACUGUAAAUGACAGCAAAACGCAGUAGAGACUCUCACACACUGAGCUGAAAGGAAACGGCUGCACAUAAAUUAGGUUAAUAACAUAAAUGAACACAGUGUCUACUGCGUUCAGCGAGGGCGGCGUUAAGACCGCCGUGUGCUGCACACAGCGGAGCAGAGGAGAGACAGUCAACCAGGUGAAGUUCUCAAGUUGAUGAUGUCUACACUCGUUACAUUACUGUAAGUGCAACAAAAGCUUUGCAAGUAAAAAGCCAAGAAGAGGAAUUCAUUAAUGUAAUCCGACUCCAAAAGACAUUUCUCUAUCGUCAUAUCGCACAGCCCUGUCCCAAACCGUCAUAGUUCACAUAUUUAAAGGUCUGUGGAGCUGAAAAUGCCCCAGAGAUGAUAUUUAUUAUCCUGUUUGCACAGAUAAUAACUCACUGAUGCAGCACGGUGAUCAGUUUACAGGAUCCGACGUCAUCGCGGCCGUUUCACUUCACUGGAAAUAUUUCAGCCACAUUUCUAACAGUGAGAAGAAAUGUUUGGCUGUUAUUUGUUGUGUUUUUCAGCGUAUUGAACACGCGUCUGCAGCUCGUUUAGAUGGUGACAGAUGCAGGUGAUGACUGCUGGUUAACGAAGUGUUUAUGAUCUGUUAUCAGCUGCUCCGACAACAAACUGACACUACAAGCUACUGAUCCAUGAAAUCUACAUAAAUAUCAGAAACCUGCAUUAAACCCUCAUGUUUCAUUCUGAGCGGCGCUGACAAAGGAGCGACCAGGAGCCGCUAAAGACGUCACGUUUCCAGCUGAAAGCAGCCGAUGGAUCGAACAAACUGACCAGUAGUGAAGAACUACUUCCUGUUUUUAAGUAACGUGGACCAAAACAAAACUGAAAGACAGAUGAUGAAGGACAUUUACGAUGUUUCUUUUUCUAUAUUUUCAAAUAAAAAUAAAAAUAAAUUGA